ACUCCACUGUUCCCAUUUACACAAUCUGAUCAUUUGGUAAAUGAAGUUGUAAGCAGUCGUCGCGUCUGCCUUUUGGGGAACUAAGGAAAGUGGUGGGGACACGGAAGCUCGCCGAUCCCGGGCCUGUUCUGGACGCAGCUGAGCCGACAGAAGCCGACCAAAGCCGGGGUGCUGUUCUGAGUCCUGAAAUCAUCAGUCUAGCUUGUAUCUUCCCUGGGAAACAUGCCUCCAGCUGCCGGUGGCCCGGUGGGAUACACCCCCCCCGAGGGCGGCUGGGGCUGGGCCGUGGUGGCCGGAGCCUUCAUCUGCAUCGGCUUCUCCUACGCCUUCCCCAAAUCCAUCACCGUCUUUUUCAAAGAUAUCGAAGUCAUCUUUAAUGCCACACCCAGUCAGGUGUCCUGGAUUUCUUCCAUCAUGCUAGCUGUAAUGUAUGGAGGCGGUCCCAUCAGCAGCAUCCUUGUGAACAAAUAUGGAAGUCGACCAAUCAUCAUGAUCGGUGGUCUCCUGGCGUCGUCCGGACUGAUCGCAGCCUCUUUCUGCAGCACCGUGGAGCAGCUGUACUUCUUCAUCGGUGUCGUCGGAGGUUUGGGACUAGCGUUCAACCUGAAUCCUGCUCUCACUAUGAUCGGGAAGUACUUCUACCUGCGCCGGCCCAUCGCCAACGGCAUCGCCAUGGCGGGCAGCCCCGUGUUCCUGUCCACCCUGGCUCCUCUCAACACCUGGCUCUACGACGCCUUCGGGUGGAGAGGCAGCUUCCUCAUCCUGGGGGGACUCCUGCUCAACUGCUGCGUGGCCGGGUCCCUGAUGCGGCCCAUCGGACCCAAGCUGCCGCUGGCCAAGCCCGGUCCUGAGGCAGACGGGGGGAAAGCAGCUCAGCCCAAGAAGACGGUCCUGCAGACGAUCAACGGCUUCAUCGACCUGACCCUCUUCAAACACCGCGGCUUCCUGCUCUACCUCAUGGGCAACAUCGUUAUGUUCUUUGGCCUUUUCUCUCCACUCGUCUUCCUCUCUAAUUACGCCAAGAGUAAGGAUAUAAGCAAAGAGAAGGCUGCGUUCCUGCUGUCCAUCCUGGCGUUGGUGGACAUGUUUGCCCGGCCGUCCAUGGGCCUGCUGGCCAACACCAAGUGGGUCCGGCCCAGAGUGCAGUACUUCUUUGCUGCUUCUGUCCUUUACAACGGAGUUUGUCACGUACUGGCACCUCUUUCAAAAGACUAUACAGGGUUUAUAAUCUAUGCCAUCUUCUUCGGCUUUGCUUUCGGCUGGCUGAGCGCGGUGCUGUUUGAGACUCUGACGGACCUGGUGGGGACGCAGAGGUUUUCCUCAGCCGUGGGGCUCGUCACCAUUGUAGAGUGUGGGCCGGUGCUGCUGGGGCCGCCGCUAACGGGCAGUUUCUACACCACCUACCAGCACUAUGACUACACCUACAUCACCUGUGGAAUCAUCCUGAUCGUGGCCAGCAUCUUCCUGUUCGUGGGGAUGGGCAUUAACUACCGGCUGUUGGACAAAGAGAAGAAAGAGGAAGAGAGGAAGAGAAGAGAGGAGCCUAAAGAUGAGAGAACCGCUAUGUUAGCGCCGUCACCGUCAAAAACAGACCAGGGUGCAAAUAAUGAGUCUGCUGCUGUUGUUACACUGGAUGAUGUUUCCAGGAUGGAUGAGGAUACGGUGUAGCUGUGGAAGAGAAGCCUCCCGGAGAAAUGGACAGACUUCCCAGCAAUCCACACACUCUGAUUCCAGGACUGGAACCAUAGGAACAUCACUUUUACCUUUCAUGUUGACUCUUUUACAAUUUCAAAUCAAGCUCUCGGCACAAUUACACUUUUAAUUUCUGUAUUUGAUGUGCCUUGGGUAACGAGGUGUCUCAGGAGCGCAGGCACCUCUUAACAACAGCAGAUACAUAAACAACUGACGUGCAUGUUAACGGUUAAGUAAUAACCAUCUUCUCCCAGGCUUUAGCUACUGCAAACAAUUCCCUCAAAAGUGUUUAAUACUCUUAGGGCCUGAUUUACUAAGAUCCUAAAUAAAGAGUACUAAAUUGCGUGUGCACUGAAAAAGUUUGCACGUGCUGUUGUUGUGUGUUUUGCGGGUGAUCAACUAAGAAUACUUGCGCAACAGGUGCAAACCGCAGUAUUUAAAUGAGGUGUUGCGUGUCUUACGGUUUGCGCCAUGGAGAGUCUGGAUGGAAAGCAGGAUCGCAAGCGCAAAAUGAAAUUUGACGCGGUGGAGUUAGAAAUAUUAGUGGAAGAGGCAAAUAAACACAUUCAUGAACUACAGCAAAGAAAUUUAAACAUUACCAAAAGUGUUGUGCCGUAUUCAGCACCCCUGCCGUGAAAAGCACCCCCUCGUCGACAUAUAUUACCCACACAUCUCUUAUUCACGAGUAAAUGUCAAAAAGGACUAAAUGCUCAUGUUUAAUUUACUACAAAUGACAACGUACACACAAUGACAAAAAUUAUAUUCUCAUUCCGUGUCACGUUCUGUUUAGCGUCCAGUUUUGUGUUAAUGAUUCAUGUUUAAAUGUGCUCAUGGAUUCCACAAUAGUCAUACUUUCCCACAAUCACAGUCACACAUAACAAAAAUCGGGUAAAUGGUUAUUGAUGUCAUUAAUUAAUAGCCUGCUUACUGUGUUGUCUUCCAUAAUAUUUGUAAAUAUAUAUAAUAUAAAUUCCUAAGUAUGUGUUUGUGUGAGUGUGUAUGAGGGGGUGCUUUUCACGGCAGGGGUGCUGAAUACGGCACAACACCACAAUAACAGCAGCCAUCGGUGCGUAAUGCUGGGCAGAUUAGCACCUUCCUUUCGAACGUAUCAAAUACAGAUGCAAUCACAAUCCCCGCAAUUACUUUCGGGCGUGGUAAAUCUCAUUGCGUGUGGUAAAUGAACCUAUUUGCAUUUUCCCCUCCCAGUAUUUAGCGCUUUCUGGCGGGUACGCCCCAUAUUGAUUAUUCAUCAGGGCAAAAGUACUAAAUGAACAGCGUGUGCUAUUUUGCUCAUUUGAGAGACGCAGUCCUCUUUGCACGCUGUUAGUAGAUCAGCUUGCACAUUGGUUUGCGGGUGAUGUAAAGUUUGCACACGUUUUUACGCACGCAAACCUUUAGUAAAUCAGGCCCUUGGUGGCUUUUCUCACAUACGGGCUCCACAUAGGAAAUAAAGUGCUUACAGAUUAUUGUAGGGAUACAAUAUAUAUAUGUAUACAUAUAUGUAGACUUAAAGACAUUAUAUAAUGUCUUUAAGUCUAACCUGAAGGUUGGCUUAGAUCGGGGCUCGGCAACCCGCGGCUCUUUAGCGCCGCCCUAGUGGCUCCUGGAGCUUUUUCAAAAAUGUUGGACCCUUUUUUUCCUUUUUUCUUCUUUUUUUUCUUCUUUUUUUCUUUUUUUCCUUUUUUCCCCUCUUUUUUCUUCUUUUUUUCCUUUUUCUUUUUUCUUUUUUUACUCUUUUUCUUCCUUUUUCAUUUCCUUUUUAAUCUCGACAUUUUUAAUAUUUUCUCGAAAUUUCGACUUUUUUCUCGACAUUUCGACUUUUUUCUCGACAUUUCGACUUAUUUCUCGACAUUUCAACUUUUUCUAGAAAUUGUACUUCAACAUUAAUCUUGAAAUCUCGACUUUUUCUCGAAAUUUCGACUUUUUUCUCGACAUUUCGAUUUUUUUCUCGAAGUGCAUAAUGAAAAAAAAAUCUUCCCCCAGUUCUAACUAAUAUAGAAACAUGCAGCAUGUGUUGCCUUCAUUCUAAGGCUGAUACAAGACUUUUAUACAAGAUUUUUUGCGGCUCCAGACAUAUUUGUUUUUUGUGUUUUUGGUUCAAUACGGCUCUUUCAACAUUUUGGGUUGCUGACCCCUGGCUUAGAUAUUUACUGUUUAAUUUAUAGUAUAGUAUUUUUAGUAUAUUAUACCAGAUAUAGUAUAUAUAGUAUAUAGUAUUUGCAGUACAGUAUUGUGCCCCCUGCUGGUUUGGGAUGAUUAACAAACUUGCUUGGUCAUGUUGGGUUAAAUUACAGGGUGGUUCAUUCACACCCCUCUGUUUUCAGAUAUUUGGUCACAAUACAUAACUGAUUAUCUGAUCUACAUAAAGGAUUUGAUUUUUAGCUUGCUGUAAAGUUAUUUUAAUGAAUUUUAAUGUAAUUUAAGACAUCCAUGCAUGCCUAUUGGUUUAUUGGGAGAUGGUUUUAAGCCAUAUUACAUAAUAUACCUGAUCACAUUCUUAACUGUGUUGAUUUUUAUCAGCAUUGUUAAACACCUAAGAAUGAGUAGUUGUGCUCACUGACGGUAUUAAACACCCCGUAUAAAAGAAGUUAGUCUAGUUUGUAGAGAAUACGCAGCACGAUGUAGAGACCGGAGAUGCAUUUUAAAAUGUGUUGUGCAAAAUUGAGUUCCCAGAGUAAUUUAGAAGCUACAAAGUAUUAACAAAUGGACAAAUGAUUACGGUUUUGUGUGUUUGUUGAAAAUAACACAUUUUACAGAAAGUCCUGCUCAAUGCAAAUGCUUCUGUAGUUGAAUCCUACAUUUUUACGUCAGCUAUCUCACCAUUUCCACCAUGAGAGUUAAUUGUCUGACUGGUUUAAGUAACAAUAAAAAGUCAAAGGAAAAUUUUCUAUAGAGAAUUAUUUUUAUUAUAUUAUUUGAAAGAUUAAUUUUAUACUGUAUGCUACCAAUUCUUUUGUUUGUUUACAAGAUUUGUACAUGAACACAUGUGUGGGUUUCCCAACCAAUCAGUGUAAAUGUUUUUAAAGAUCUGUUUUUUUGCCCUGAAAUGACAAAUGACUGACAUUCACAGCGGUGUGGGUUGUGGGUUUAUUGCAUCUGAUUAUCCACAGGUUGAAUUCUUUAAAAUUUGACGGUUAUGUAGAAUAUCCGAUAAGAAGAGGACAUGUACUUAGAAACUGCUGAACAAUUUUCAAAAAACUCUUAAUGUUGAAGUUUUUUAGAUAGAGUUUUCCAAAAUUGUAGUGUAGGUGAUACCUUUUAGUGUUUCAUUUAAAAAAAGAAAGAACUGUGAACGUUUCUGCCAGAUAACCUUAAGAGAUUGGUGUUUUUCAAACUUUAUGGCUGAUAUUGAUUAAUAUGUGGAUAAUAAAGAAAAACUUGGUUUAA